ACACACAGACACACACCUCAAUCACUUACUCAUUCACUCACUCCUUCACUCCCUCGUUCACUCGCUCACUCAUAACGUAUCUACAUGACUAUAUAGGUAUCUGUACCUGCCUGUUGUCGUAACAAGUAGAAUGUACAUCGAACCACAGAAUUACUCUGUUUAAUAGCUACGAUGUUGGAGCUGGUUCCGUGUUAUGGGAGACACGUUUUACAGUGAAAAAAAUUUCGUCGGCUCAGCAAUAUACAACAUUUCUACUAGUCUUAUUGGCCAUGAUUUGCACAUACAGGCCAGCAUUGUUGGUUCUCAUUAUUAUCGUAUGCCUAACAACGUUAAUGUCACGAGCUUCGGCAGCUAAUAUGAGAUCAGAAUGUGGUGGCAAAAUCCGUGUCUAUUCACCAGGAAAUCUUACGACUCCGGGUUACCCUGGCAACUACCCAAAAGACAGCUUCUGUAUUUGGCUAUUGGAAGCUAAAGAUGGCUAUAUCGUUCAAUUGACCAUACAUCAAUUUAACGGUCACAGUUUAAAUAACAGCUGUCGGGAUUUCAUUCAGAUUCGAGAUGGCAGUAGCGUUUCUCAAGAGUUGCUGUAUAGCUGCAAUACAACAAACAAAGUAGUUAAUUCAACCAGUCGUCGAUUAUGGAUUAAAUUUAAGAGUGACAGCUUAAUAAACAACAAAGGACUUGCUUCAUCCUGGGAUACUCACUACACAGGAGUAUCAUCCGAAAAUAUAUCAUCACUAAUCGAAUGUGUCAACAGUUUCCAGUGUUCCAAUGAUGAAUGUGUAUCAAAAUCAUCACACUGUGAUGGCAUCAACGACUGUGGUUGUAUGGUCGGUUGUGAUGAACACCAAUGUGACAAAACGGAAAUAAUGAGCUUUGGUGCACAAAUGGCAAUCGGUAUAAGCAUUGGAGUGGCACUGUUUGCUAUUUUGUUCUGUGGCACACUUUUUGUAGAGUGGCGGAACAAGUGGACCAAAAAUAUUACUAGUAAUGGCCGACCUCAUAAGCCUCAUCUUAAAAGCAAAGAAGCCGAUGCAGAAGUGACAGAAAGACUUGGUACCAGCCAGACAAACAACGUCACUCAGUCACCUGAAGGAUUUAGUACACCUACAGCUGCAACAUCAUUAACAAUUACGUCAAUGGAUACUGGAAAAAAUGCUUCUUCUUCUCUGUUGCAAUCUUCAGCCGCAUCAUCAUCACCAUCAUCAACAAUAACCACAACAACAACAACAGCCAAAACACCGCCAGAGGGUACGGCAUCAAUAGCAGCACCAGCACCAACGCAACCACCGACAACAACAACUUCAACAGUUCAACCACCGAAUAUAGACAAUAAAAAUAUUAUGCACAAUAACAAAUUUCCUGAUGAAUCUAGUGAUGGAACUGCUGGUCAAUCUGCACUACUGUGAAAAAAAAAAUUUCAUCUUUCUUGACAAAAUGUUUGUCAACCGAGAUAUUUCUCUUUUGUCCAUAUAUACAUAGUAAACGCUUUUGUAAAAUUAUAUGCGACAAAUAAGCAAAUAUGUAUGACAUAAUAAAUAUGACAGAACUUAUACACACAAAUAUAUACAUGUAUAUAUUCAU